UGGCCCGGGAAUUAGCUACUGACCUGUGCAUUCUUUCAUUUUUGCAUUCAUUCGAGCUACGCGUUUUCCUAUGUUGACCUGCUUUGGUCACGGGCAGCAUUGUUCUAGAAGGGCGUGAGCAUCAGCUCAUACACUGCAUUCUCUUUCUUCCACGCAUUUCACUCCCUUCCAUUGCAUUUCGCUCCGUUCCACUGCAUUUCACUAUGUUACACUGCUCCACAUCUUGGCUGCGAGAUACUAUCAUGUGCUCCUGUAUAGCCGUCUUACUGGCUCUGUGCCACACUUGGAAUGGGACGGACGACUGCCAUAUAGAUUACGACUCCGGAGGAUGGGGCACCAGUAUGAUACGACCGUAUGAUGGAUGUUCCACUUGUUCUACCUUUUUUUUUCUCACCGUCUGCGGGAUCUCCCUGAGAUCGCUCACUCUCUUGCUUUACAUAGAACUGGGUCACAUUGCAUUCCCCCUUGAGCGGUAAUUGUUUGGCUAGCGGACAUCAUUGGAUUGGUUUGACUAAAUAUGGUGAGGGAUGAGCACUAA